AUGCCGCCCAAGAGAACCGGCAAGUCAGCACCCGGCAGCGCACAAAAAGGCAAGGGGCCGAAGACAGCCGCCGCGCCUGUCGCCGAUGGAGAUGGAACACCAACAAAAGUGCGCAAGACGAAGGGAGGAAAGCAAUUAAAAGUCGCAAAUACCACCGCCAGCGUCCAACCCGGAGACCCAACCCCCACAGGCCGUCGCCGCCGCUACAAGCCCGGCACCGUCGCUUUAAAAGAAAUUCGCCGCUACCAACGCUCAUACGACCUACUCAUCGCCAAACUACCCUUUGCACGCCUAGUGCGCGAAGUCGCGCUCGAGCUCCUCCCCGCUGACGUCGGUGCCGAGUUGCGCUGGCAGUCAUUCGCUAUCCAAGCUCUGCAGGAAGCUGCUGAGGCUUUCCUAGUCCAUCUCUUCGAAGAUACGAAUCUGUGCGCGCUACACGCGAAGCGCGUUACUAUUAUGCAGAAGGAUAUCCAGCUUGCGCGGAGAAUUCGCGGUGUCUGGGGUGGGCUUGGUUGA